UCACAUCCAAAAUGAAUUUGGACAUGGUUCUAAAUACCUUGGACAUAACUGGUCAAGCUGGGAGAACUCUCACCACCGAAGAAAGCAUAGUAUUGUAUAAUUCCCUGUUGAUACUACAAAACGAGAAUCAUUUUACCAAGGUCUACUUCUGGGGUAAAAUAUUUGGAACUGUCAAGGAUUAUUACAUAGCAUAUGGGUACGUUAAGGAUGCGUUGUCUGAUAGAUCAUUUUAUUAUAGCCGAGACUGCACAAACUGGGGUCUUAUGCCUUUACCCACCGAAGAAGGCAAACUUCUGACCCCGUUGUGCACGACCAUGUUUGAAGGUGAUCCGGCGCUUAUAGUUGACAUUCGCAUUGAAGAAGGUGAAGAACUUUCUGGUACCGUGAUCACGAAGCCGCAAGUAAGGAAGCUGAAGGAAGAAAACCGUCUGGCGGCAACGGUUCACUUCUUAAACCACGAGGCUGUGGUCAUUCCACGAGGAGCCCUGUUCAAAAGACCGGACGGGGUUGUUGUCGAAAACAGAACAUUUGAAGGACUUUCGGAAUUGGAAUCGAGAGAGAUUAAAGCAUUUUUACAUUACAGAUUGCCAACUCAGAAAUGGAACACUAAUUUGUUGACCAGAGAUGACUAUAAUUUUGCUAUUGAUUUUAUGGAUCCGUGUGACAUUGACAUUCCAGAAGGAUGUUUUAUUCAUCAUUUGGUGGCCGGCGACAUUCUAGUUAUGAUUAAGCCAAUGUAUUGGCCUGGAAUGAUCAAUUUUCAUUAUUUGCAGUCACCUAAGUACGGAUUUGUUUACUUUGGCAACGGCAAGAGAUGCAUUGAUGUGCCAUUUCUAUUAUUACCUAACCUUUAAUUUUUACAAUUUUUUUAUAACUCUCAUUUUUUUAUCUGCAAUGAUUCUUGAUAUUAUAAAAUAUAUCGCUGUUUA